UCCCGUCCCCGUGAGCGGCGCGGCGUUCGCAAGAGCGCGGGACAGCCCCACAGCGGCCGGGGACGGGGAGCGGGAUGGGUGGCUUAGCCCCCGCCGCCUGAGGGGUAGACGGCAUUGCGCGGCUGCCGGCGCCGCUUCCGCCCGGUUCAGUAGCGGAAGAGUCGCAGUCCGCGGCGCAGAACGAGCGAUUUUUUUUACUAAUAAGGGUAGAGGAUGGGCAGUUUUUGUAGCGGCUCUGGUCUCUUCCUGGUAGCUUGUUGUAGGAGCCCCCCUCCCCGCCCUACCACGCGCGCGUGCCCGCUUCCUGGGCGCCGCUCCGUCUUAGACCCGCUCCCGUAUUUCCUCUCGGCCUUUCCCCAAGAGGAAAAAACUAAAGAAGCUCUCCGCCUUCUGCUUUGUUCUGUAAGGCGCGACUGCCACAGCACUGCCGUUCCCGGCCGAACGGGAGCCGGGGCGGCCGCCGCUUCCGUCUGGCGUCAAGGGCGGGCGGAAGUCCCCCGAGGCCGCUUCCGGGGGAAGCGCGGCCUCGCCGAGAUGGCGGCGCGCAGGUGACCCCGAGCGGAGCGCAGCGCAGCGGCGGGGAGGUGGCUGCCGCCCUCCGCCGCGCCGGGCGACGGCUCCCCAUGGCGCUGAACAGCUGCAGCCGCCCGGUGCUGGCGGCCGCUGGGCUCCGGGCACUCGGAGCGGGUCUUCAUUUUGCAUCAACUACAGCUAGUCUCAAAACUGAGACUGAAGUGGACACAAGUGAAAAUGAGGUUGUUGCCCCAGAGUUCACUAACAGGAAUCCUCGGAACUUGGAGCAGUUGGCCCUGGCUAGGAAGGAGCGUGGCUGGAAGACAACAUGGCCAAAGCGUGAAUUCUGGCAUAGGUUACGGUUUGAGCGGACACAGCAUUAUGUAGAAGCCUUUGUUGAGCGCUGUAACGGAGAUGUUGUGGUAUCUGCCUCUACCCGAGAGUGGGCCAUAAAGAGACACCUGUACAGUCCCAAGGGAGUAUCAGCAUGCAAAAACCUUGGCCGUGUAAUGGCACAGCGCUGUUUGGAAGCAGGAAUCAACUUUGUGAACUUUAAAGCUAUUAUCCCCUGGGAAUAUCGUUGUGACUCGAUUAAGGAAUUCGAAAAAGCUAUGGAGGAGGGCGGUGUCGUUCUGCGUGAGCCACGAAGAAUCUAUCAGUAAAGUGGAGGCCAUUGGGAAAACUUUCCAAGGAUCAAUGAUCACUUCUUUAGGGGUGUGUACCAGCACAGUGAAGGUCCGGAGCUGGAAAAAGUUGGAACAUGGCAUCUUAUAAUAAAAUGUUUUUAAAUGGACAGAAGUGUAUCAUAUUCUUGAUUCUGAAGUUAUCAACGCCUUUAAGGCUGGAAUAAACUGUUACCAUAGUUCAGCCUGACGGGUUAACAGAAUUUUCUUCAGAAUUCAAUAAUUUUAAUUUUCUUUUUGAUUUUGUGUUUGUUCUAACCUGAACUCUGGAAGUGCUUAGAUACUGGAUCCCUGUACUGCGUCAGUCUAAUUUUGCAAAAUGCAGUCAUCAUGUGAAUGUUUAGAACUGUAAUAAAGUUACGUGCUGAACUCGGUGAGAAGA